CUCAGUGGCCUGACGAACUUUGACAGUAGGGUCAACUUUUCGAAAAUGGCCUCAAAAAGACAACAGGAGUCAGAGGCAGAAAUAAGAAAGAGAAAGAAACUGCGAAAUGAUGCCCGUGCAUCACUUUCAGUAAGAGCUGACGAGUGUAUCGUGAGCACGCUCCUCAACCCGCAGAAACCCCGGAAGAAGAGCUUCGAUAUCACUCUGGUGGACGGAGAGGUAUGUCUGUGGUCUGGGAUAACAAGAGGUCCCCCGGCCAGACUUAAGUUUCCAGAACCUGCUGUCGUUGUCUCGGCUUUAGAGGACGCUCUCAAGACUGAUGUCGAGUGGAAAGUCUGUACCCAGGCCUCCGCGCAACUUUAACUUGGUCUGAAAUGCACGAAUCUGUAGUUUACAGAUCCUGUAUGAAGUGCCAAAUAAAUGUCUAUAACCUGUUACAAAAGCCUAUUACUAUAGCCUAGCAUUAUUGUUUGCAACUAUGACAAUAUUUGAGUCAAUUCCGUAUAGUGGGACACUCCACCUAAUGAUGACAGAUUUGUAGUUUCGCUACAUCUUCUGCCCAGGCUGUUAUCCAGGGGUUGGUGGCUGCAGGAUGUGCUAUGAUGAGGGCUGACCAAUGGGGUUGCUCCCCCAGUCUCCCCUCUGAUGACCAGCUCCUAGCUCCCAGGACCUGUAUACACAGCACCUUUGACUUGCUAUUCUGCUCAUCAUAAGUUUUCUGCUGUUUAACCAUAUUUCAAACAACCUGUUACCUUUUAUUUGAUAGCUGCCACUUGAUGUAUGUUGCAUAGCUACGUAGAAUGUAGGCAAUUAUUAUUUGUUUGAUGUAGGCAUUUUCCCUGGUGAAUGUAGUUUGGUUUCAUUCUGAGCGAUAAUAAACUUGGCAUUAAUCUA